GGUGACGGUCUGCUGCGUGCCGAUGUUUAUGCUGUUGUGCGAGGCGGUGAUCACCACCGUCUCCGCAUCGUCGUCGAGCAGGUCGUCCACCGCCGUGACCGUGGCUGUGACCGAGGUCGCCCCGGCAGUGAGCGUCAGCGACUCCGCGCUGAUGUUGUAGUCGGCGGUCUUCGUGGCCGUGCCGGCAAGCGCCAGGGCGAUGGUCUGGUUGGUGGUGAAGGUGGAGCCGCUUGCGGUGACGGUCACCGUGGAGGUGCCGGCGGCCUCCGCGAUGGCGUCCGGGUUCACCGUGACCGACAGCGUCGGCGCGUCGUCGUCGUCGGGGAUGGUGACGGUCUGCUGCGUGCCGAUGGUGCUGCCGCCCACCGAGGCGGUGAUCAGCACCGUCUCGUCCGGCUCGUCGCUGCUGUCCUGCACCGCGGUCACCGUGGCCGUGACCGAGGUCGCCCCGGCCAGCAGCGUCAGCGACUCGGCGCUGAUGUUGUAGUC